GCCGCCCACGGUGCGAUGGCGAGUGCAGCCCGGGGACCCGGGCCGUGGCGAUCGCUCCUGCUCCAGCUCGCCGCGCUGUUUGGGACGCUCGGGCCGCAGGUCCAGACCCUCAGGCCAGAGAGCCUCCUGCUCGUGUCCACCUUGGAUGGAAGCCUCCAUGCACUGAGCAAGCAGACAGGGGACUUGAAGUGGACACUGAAGGAUGAUCCCAUCAUCCAAGGACCAAUGUAUGUCACAGAAACAGCCUUCCUCUCAGAUCCAGCAGAUGGCAGCCUGUACAUCUUGGGGACCCAGAAGCAACAGGGAUUAAUGAAACUGCCGUUCACCAUACCCGAGCUGGUUCACACUUCCCCAUGUCGCAGCUCCGAUGGGGUCUUCUAUACAGGCCGGAAGCAGGAUGCUUGGUUUGUGGUGGACCCUGAGUCAGGGGAGACACAGAUGACACUGACCACAGAGGUUCCCACCAUCCCCCGCCUCUACAUUGGCCGAACACAGUACACGGUCACCAUGUAUGACCCAAGGUCCCCAGCCCUCCGCUGGAACACCACCUACCGCCGCUACUCAGCUCCCCCCAUGGAUGGCUCACCUGGAAAAUACGUGGGCUAUCUGGCCUCCUGUGGAAUGGGCCUGCUGCUCACCGUGGACCCGGGAAGUGGGGUGGUGCUCUGGACGCAGGACUUGGGUGUGCCUGUGAUGGGCAUCUACACCUGGCACCAGGAGGGCCUGCGCCAGCUGCCCCAUCUCACCCUGGCUCGGGACACCCUGCACUUCCUCGCCCUCCGCUGGGGCCACAUCCGACUGCCUGCCUCAGGCCCUCCGGGCACGGCCACCCACUUCUCUGCCUUGGACACCCAGCUGCAGAUGACGCUGUAUGUGGGAAAAGAUGAAACUGGCUUCUAUGUCUCUAAAGCACUGGUCCACACAGGGGUGGCCCUGGUGCCUCGUGGAUUGACCCUUGCUCCCAUGGAUGGCCCCACUACAGAUGAGGUGACACUCCAAGUCUUGGGAGAGCGAGAGGGCUCACCCAGCACUGCUGUCAGAUACCCCUCAGGGAGCGUGGCCCUCCCUAGCCAGUGGCUGCUCAUUGGACACCAUGAGCCACCCCCAGUCCUGCACACCACUAUGCUGAGGGUCCAUCCUAUCCCAGGGAGUGGGACUACUGAGACAAGACCCCUUAAGAGCAGCCAGGCUUCAGACCUCUUCUUGGAGUUCCUGAGCCUGAGCCGGGAGGAACCCUGGGACCUGGAGCCUCAUCCUGAAGAGAAAACCUCAGACUUGCAUCCAGGGCUGGGAGCCCAAGACUUGCUGGCAACCAGCCUCACUGCUGUGCUCCUGGGAGGGUGGAUUCUCUUCCUGAUGAGGCAGCAGCAGCAGCUGGUGGAGAAGCAGCAGCGGGCACCCCUGGCACCUGCAGGCUCUUCACACAUCUCACAGGAUGCUCAGACCCAGCCCUUGGGAGCCACCCCAGGGGGCCAGGAGAGUCUUCAGAGUCCCUCAGAGCGAGCCCAGCCACUCGACGACCCUGCAGCUGAGCAGCUCACUGUGGUGGGAAAGAUUUCCUUCAACCCCAAGGAUGUCCUGGGCCGUGGGGCAGCUGGGACUUUCGUUUUCCGGGGACAGUUUGAGGGGCGGGCAGUGGCUGUCAAACGGCUCCUCCGUGAAUGCUUCAGCCUCGUUCGUCGGGAGGUGCAGCUGCUGCAAGAGUCUGACAGGCACCCCAAUGUGCUCCGCUACUUCUGUACCGAACGGGGCCCCCAGUUCCACUACAUUGCCCUGGAGCUGUGCCAGGCCUCUUUGCAGGAGUACGUGGAAAAUCCAGACCUGGACCGCUGGGGCCUGGGGCCUGCAACAGUGCUUCAGCAGCUGACGUCUGGCCUGGCCCACCUGCAUUCCUUACACAUAGUGCACCGUGACCUGAAGCCUGGAAACAUCCUCAUCUCAGGGCCUGACAGCCAGGGCCAAGGCAGGGUGGUCCUCUCCGACUUUGGCCUUUGCAAGAAGCUGCCUGCCGGCCGCUGGAGCUUUAGCCUCCGCUCGGGCAUCCCUGGCACAGAAGGCUGGAUGGCACCGGAGCUCCUCCAGCUCCUGCCCCCAGACAGCCCUACCAGUGCAGUGGACAUCUUCUCUGCAGGCUGCGUGUUCUACUAUGUGCUUUCUGGUGGCAGCCACCCGUUCGGAGAGAGUCUGUAUCGCCAGGCGAACAUCCUCGUUGGAGUUUCCUGUCUGGCUCACCUGGAGGAGGAGGCCCACGACAAGGCCCUUGCCCGGGACCUGGUGGAGGCCAUGUUGAACCAGCUGCCGCAGGCACGCCCCUCUGCUCCCCAGGUGCUGGCCCAUCCCUUCUUUUGGAGCAGAGCCAAGCAGCUCCAAUUUUUUCAGGAUGUCAGUGACUGGCUGGAGAAGGAGGCUGAGCAGGGGCCCCUGGUGACAGCACUGGAGACAGGAGCCCAGGCAGUGAUUCGGGGCAACUGGCACAGACACAUCUCGGUGCCACUGCAGACAGAUCUGAGAAGGUUCCGGUCAUACAAGGGGACAUCCGUGCGAGACCUACUCCGUGCCAUGAGGAAUAAGAAGCAUCACUACAGGGAGCUCCCGGUUGAGGCACAGCAGGCACUAGGCCAAGUGCCUGAUGGCUUCGUCCAGUACUUCACAAACCGCUUCCCACUGCUGCUGCUCCACACACACCGUGCCAUGAGGAGCUGUGCCUCUGAGGGCCUCUUCCUGCCCUACUAUCCGCCAGCCUUGGGGGCCCAGGAACCAUGUGCAGGGGCUGCUGGGAGCUGAGGUGGCCGGGACUCAGAGGCGCCCCACCUUGGGCCAACAAGGAACGGACCUGUGGUUGAAGCUGGCCUCAGUACGAGAAAAGACAGGCCGAGGGAAGCAGCCUCGGGGUCCCAGAGCAAAGAUGGGCUCUGGAGCCCAGAAACCAGGAACACCUCAGGGAAGACAAGAAGAAAAAGAAGAUUCACAUAUGUUUAAUGUGGAUAAA